CUUCUAAGAGCCACCCAUAUACCCACCAAAAGAGCUGUUAUACCCCUUUUUAUUUAUUAAUAUUUAUAAGUUAUAAUCUUUUUGACUUUUAAUAUAUGAUAACCGAGUGACUGGUCUAAUACCAAAAUAACUGGAGAGGGAGUUGGACAGAAUAUUCAAACUAGCCUGACGGUCCCAGGAAGUCUUUAAAAUUUUGUGUAAUUUUGUCAUGCUCUUUCAUGUGUUGAUGGGCGUAUAUAUGUGUUGAUGAAAUCAGAAGAAAAAAUAUAUGUAAAACAAGCGUGAUUGGGAUGAAAGUAUUGUAGAGAAAACAACUGAAAACGCUAAAAAUGCGCGGGAAUGUUAACAAAGGGAAGUCUUUAGCUGUGAGGAAGAGGAAGAGGAGGGGUUGGGCAAGCGAGUCCUUGAUUGUUGUCCAAUCAUCGUUUGACAGCGUUCCGAGGGGCGGAGCUUCUCCUACUUUGAAUGUCGGAGUCUAAAUAAGCGGCUGCGCGCGGCUCCUCCUCAUUCUUCAGUCGUACUCGAAGAGAAGAGCGAUGCCUGAGCCAGCAAAGUCCGCCCCGAAGAAGGGAUCCAAGAAAGCCGUGACCAAGACGGCCGGCAAAGGAGGCAAGAAGCGCAGAAAGACCAGGAAGGAGAGCUACGCUAUCUACGUGUACAAGGUGCUGAAGCAGGUCCACCCCGACACCGGCAUCUCCUCCAAGGCGAUGGGCAUCAUGAACUCGUUCGUCAACGACAUUUUCGAGCGCAUCGCCGGUGAGUCGUCCCGUUUGGCUCAUUACAACAAGCGCUCCACCAUCACUUCCAGGGAGAUCCAGACCGCCGUGCGUCUGCUUCUUCCCGGCGAGCUGGCCAAGCACGCCGUGUCCGAGGGCACCAAGGCCGUCACCAAGUACACCAGCUCCAAGUAGAAAGCGGAGAAGACUUUCUCAACCCCAACGGCUCUUUUAAGAGCCACCCACGGUUUCAUAUAAAGAGCUUUUUUUGUGUUUCAUGUAACGCGAGAUAAUCGUUCGACGAAAGUUGGGUAACUUUGUUUGAGUCCGUGUUCCCGCGCAAUUUCUCAGUCUCCUUAUGUAAUACAAGGUUCACUAAAACUGACUUUAUUUUGAUGUUUGUGUUUUGGCGUAGUUUGAAUAAUCAAGUGAGUUCAGCAUAUGGUAAAAUGUUGGUUAAUAUAAUAAUAUACUAAUACUACUAAUAUACUAAUUCUCUGACUUAAUGGGGAUGAUAGAAAACAGCAGCUAAGAAUGCGCGGGAAGAUUAAGAAAAGGAAAGUGUUUAGCAGGAGGGGGAGGAGGGAGGAGGGAGUUGGGCAAGUUGAAGAUAUGUAGAGAUUUUUGUAAUAUUGCCAUGUAGAGGGUCGAGUUUAACACCCCUGCUUUAUUGUGUGGUUAGUGGUGUGUUAUGUACUAAAAUCUUAUAUAAAUGUGUUUCUACCUGAAAUGUAUAUUAUACAGAAAAAACAGAGGCCUCUUUUAGUUAUCAUGCUUCUAUGUUGUGGAACUCCAUUCCACCUUUUAGUAAACAGCUCAGUGCACACUUUUAAGACACAUUUGAAAGCGUAUCUCUAUUUUCUUGUUGUUUCUUUUCUUCCUUUACAUGCAUUUGUGGAUAGAAAAUGGGUGCCCAGUUAUGUAUGUUUGUAUUAUUACGAGCUGUUUAUUUACAUAUUAUGUUAGUGUUCUUGUGUGUUUUAUACAUUUGAAGGCUUUCCAGAGUGGAGUCAGAAGAGGCCUGUGUGUGUGUGUGUGUGUGUGUGUGUGU